AGAGAAUCCACGUGGGAUAAUAACACGGGAUCCAAGCCCUAGCUGUCAAGGGUAAUUAAUUGUAAAUUUAUUGUAAAAAAUGGAAUUUUCCUCGGAAUAAUCAUCGAAAAAGUGCAUAUCCAGAGUUCUUUGCUGUGUGCCGUGCUGUAAAAGUCGAUUUGAUAAGCAGAAGCUAGCCUCCCACUAUUUUCCUAAACCUGGAAAACGUGAGGUGUUUGUGAUCAAUUAUUUCGGUAAUCGUGAAAAAAUCGAUCUGUGCAAGGCGUGGAAACGAGCAGUGAAUUUAAAAGAAGUAUCCCCAUAUGAAAAAGUGUGUGAGCUUCAUUUUUUACAAGAUGAUGACAUUGUUCCAGGCUGCACUUGUAAUUGGCCUCCUAGGAGCUUGCAGACGAAAAGAAUUGACGAAUAUGAGAACCGACGAUCUUGAACGCUCCUACUCUGACAAAGACAGAGAGAAGAAGAAUCUUAUGAUCCUCGCAAAAAUUCCACUUUCAAAGAAUGGAGAAGCCAGGUCCUUCAUAAUAAAAGGCGAAUUCUACAACAUUGUACUGCGUUAUGCCAAUCUUCGUCCUAAAAAUCUUGACCACCACAGGUUUUUCAUCAAUUAUCAAAAUGAUAAAUGCACAAAGCAACCUAUCGGUAUUAAUAAAAUGGGGAAUGUGCCAAACAUUGUUGCUAAGUUCCUGGGACUACCAAAUCCUCAACGCUUCACUAGUCAUUCCAUUCGUCACACUGCAGCAUCUUUGUUUGUUGAGGAUGGAGGAACUAUGGAAGAUUUGAAGAGACUCGGUGGAUGGAAGAGUGAGACGGCAGCCAAUGGAUACAUUACUCACUCAAAAUCCAGUAAGGAAAAAAUCAGUGACAAAAUCACGAGUAACAUAAACCUGCCUAGACCUACAUCUACGUCAAGAUCAAUUCCAUUACGACCGAAGGUGUCUUCCAUGAACGAUCCUGCUGGCCCUAGCUUCAAAUCAAGCUCAACUGCAUCAUUGGUCAGAGUAUUUGCUACGAAGGAUACUGUUAGAAUCAACUUAGAAAACCAAUCAAUGAAGGAUCCAGCAGUAUCAGUGUGUAACAGGGAGAACCUCGAACUAGUUGGGAAUCAAACACUUGGGCAAGAAUUCAAAUUGCACAUUAGCAAUUGUACAAAUAUCACCUUCCACAUCUCGAAAAAAGACGAUUCCUAAAACUGGCGAUAAAAAACGAUUUGGUUACAUACGACAGAGCUGCUUAUUCAAAUUUUCCAAAGCACUCCGAUGACUUACACUAAUUUUGUUUUAUGUUUUUUCUUCUUUUGCAAAUGCUAAGAAUGCAAAUAUUUAAUUUUUUUAGAGAACAUUAAUUGCAUUAUUUUUUUUUCUUUUUUUUCUGAGCGUUCAUGAAAUCCUUAUUAUAUCCAGAAAAAAAAGUUACCAUAAAAGUCGCGUGAGAAAUAUUUCUGCAAGAGAAAUGAGUCUGUUCCAUUUUUAGAGACUACAUUAUUAUUUAAAAAUAUUAAUUUAUGCUUUUCCUACGCUUUGAAUGCAAAGAAAUAUGUUUAUUAUGUUAAAGAUAAAACCAAACCACGAGAGAAGACUAGUUAGGAAUAGAAGAGUCUAUUUAAUCUUAUAAGACUACAUGAUCAUUUAGAAAUGGUCAUUUUUCCAUUUCUAUCUCCAGAAGUGCCAUAAAGAAAUGUUCAUUACGUUAAAGAAAAUUACUAACAACGAAGAAAGUUUGUUUAGCGAAGUUGGUUGCGUAAAAGAAAACUAUUUCAUUGUUCGAGAGUAUAUAAUCAUCAAAAGACAUUUAUUUCUGUUUUUCUUUUUGUUUAGGUGUCAAAAAACGUCUAUUAUGUUUCAAAAAGGAUAUUAAUAAAAUAAGAUUUAGUUAUGUAAGAGAGGUCUAUUUUUUAAAAACUACAAAAAAGGUUCCUCUGUUUUAUUGAAGAUGGGUAUUCAAUUCUACAAUCAUGUAAUUCAUAUAAUUCAUGA